CAGGUAACCCUGAUGGGUGGAGCUUUGCCUCACCUGCUGUAUUCCUGGGAUUAUCCUAUGACCCUGUGCAGGGCCCUGGCCUUCAGCUUGGAAACCACUGGCCAGAACCAUGAGACUGACAGUAAUGAUGGAGCCUCAGGUCUGAUGGCACCUGAUGUCAGGGAGUGGGUCAGACAGGCAGGGGGCGGAGCCCUGGCUCACCUGGGAAAUUCCUGUGCUGUGAAGAGCUGAGGGCGAGCCGCAGACUUGAGAUCAGUCACUUCUUCUUUUCUUCCUCCUCCUCCUCCUCUCAGGCAGCACGUGUGCAGGAACCUCACAUCAUAUGAAACAUGGACCGAACUCUGCAGCUGAUCGUUCAUAUUUACAGUUUCAGUGUAGGAAGGAAUAAUCAAUCAAACUUUAUUAGUACAACACCUGACUGACAAGCCCAAACCCAGACUGCUCCACAGCACGAGACACAAAAUAAUAAAAAUUUGAUAUGGCGUCAUUUUUAGAGCCGCACCAACUUCAUGGAGAGCUCAGAUUAUUAUUUGCUGCUCUGUUAGUUUCAGUUUAUAUGAGCAUAGUGACAACAGAAACACCCUUUAACCUUACAUCGUUUGUCCACCAGAGGGCGCUCUGCAUCUUCCAUGUUUAUGUUUGAAACGCCACAAACCGCGAGCAGCUGAUCCGACCUGGGCAGAGGGUAAAAACGAGGAAAGAGAAGGACGAAGAGAGUGACAAAUAUCGGCCGAAAUGUCCGAAUAUUGGCUUUUAAAUCACCGAAUAUCAGUAUCGCUGUUAAAAAUCUGAUAUCGGUCGGGCUUAUCAGUUUGAUGAUAAUACAGACUGACUGUAUAUAAAAGAUGGACUAGCACAGCGUUGUGGUCACCCAUUGGCUGGUCUGAUCAGCGUCAUGGUCGCUGACAGGAAGUGAUCAUAUCUGCUCACCGAGGGAGCGACGAUGUGUCAGCUGCUGACCAGUAACACAUGAACUAACCUGCAGCAGCAACGUGCAGAAACCUCUCCACCAAUCACACCUUUCACCUUUAUGAAACACUCACCUGUCCUCUCAGGUGGACUCUGUCCAGCUUUGUCUGUCAGGUUUGUCUUCAGGUGAGUUCAAGUGUGUCACAGGUAAAGACGAGGCAGCCGCCCCUCCCUCCCUCUCGCUCCUCAGCCCCUCCCAGUCUUUUUUAUUUAAAUGUGGGGCGAGCGAGGCCAGCUCACCUGCAGGUAAAUUCUCUCUCUCCUCAGUCAUACUCACCUGAAUCUGAAAAUCACCUCCAGUCGCUGCACAGACAGCAGCCUCAGAGGAAGGAAAGGAGAAACUGUGGAGGACUUAAAGAGGAGGAAACGUGGAGAGGGAGGAGGCGACGACAGGUGGAGGUGAAGGUGGAGACACACUGGAGAUCAUCAGGUUCAUCUCAGACGCUGAGAAGACUUUUAAAGGUGGACUGAUGAUGAGCCUGGUUGUGUUUUUGGUUUCUCUGGAUCACUGAAGACUAGAUAAAUGUCCAGCAAAGACGAAGAGGACGGUUUAAGAACGGCCGACAGGUAGAGCAAAGACUGCACGUCUGUGAGGUCACAGCACGCCAAACCUGCCCACUCUGAGCUCCUCUCACCGCCUCUUCUUACCUGUGCUCAACAAACAGUCAGAGGUCUCCUCACAUGUCCUGAAACUUCUUCACAGACUAGGACUGGAGCUGGACCUCAGGAGGCUGGUUAAACCUCUGACCUCUGACCCAGACGCUGAAGAAACACCGCCCAGGAGAUCCUCAGGCCAACUGGAGAAUGACGCUGACAGACGCAGGACAGGCAGCGGGUCGGUGAGCGGGAGUCAAACACACGCUGUUCACGGUGCACAGGCGUGAUGUUUUCGUGUCACUUCCUGCUUCUCACCUGGGUGCUGCUCACCGCCAUAGUCCAGAGCCACAGCUGGAGACCCUGUACAGACCUGCUGCCUCUUGACCUGUUGUCCAAAGCCCUGCCCCCCCCAGGACAUGCCACGCCCACUCAGGUGCAGAUGGUUCAGUCCAAAGGUUCCAGAGGUCUCCGAUUGGCCAGCGCCGUGGCAGCACCUCUGAAUUUCCCCGCCUCCCAUAUCUUCACCAACUGUUACUACUUUCCCUCUGAGUUCUCAUUGGUUGCCACGGUGAAGAUUCAGACACUGAGACAGAAGACGAAUGAGUACAUCUUCUCUGUGGUGAGGGAGGGAUCUGAUUCGCUGUUGCUGGGGUUACGAGUGUCUGAGAACCGCCUCCACUUCUUGACCACAUCCCCUGGCCCUGGUGGGCGGAGCCGAAUGACUUUUAAGGACGUUGGAUUGGACAAUAACCGCUGGCAUACAGUGGUGCUGGCUGUCACCGGGCAGUACGCCACGCUGACUGUCGACUGUGGACUUCCUCUGGAGCUUAAACAGGUCCAGUCCUUCCCCAGCCAUCUGAGCACCAGAGGGUCCCGGUUCUUCGUUGGCAGCAGGGGGCGGUGGAGGGGGCGCUUCUCCGGUUUACUGCGGCAGCUGGUGCUGCUUCCCGGUUCGGACGCCACGCCCAGACUGUGCCCCUCCCCCGACCCCGCUCUGACUGAGCUGUCCAUCCCUCAGGUCCUGAAGACCACCCCCUUCCAGCCGGACCAGCAGGAGCCAGUUUACACCUAUGAGGCCGAAGCCAGAGUGACUCUGGGAGAUCGUCCUCCCUGCUCGAGGCCGGAGCAGGGCCAGCUGUGGUUCAACGCUCAGGGGAAGGGUCUGUUCAUCUGUGACGGGCUGACCUGGAGGACGCUGCUGCAGAGUAAGCAGCGUCUGGAUUACGUGGAGGACUACCAGGACCUGUACACCCGCUCAGAGACCCUGGACGUCGAGGUCUUCUCCAUCCCGUCUGAGGGCCUGUUCAUGGCUGCAGCCAACAAGGACUCUCGGACCGGCUCAGGUAUCUACAGGUGGACCAACGCCUCCUUCCAGCUCUACCAGAACAUCAGCACUCAGGAGGCUCGAUCCUGGAAACACUUCACCAUCGACGACAAGAUUUUUCUCGUGGUGGCGUCAAACUUCAGAGAGGCGGGGUCUGAGCGGUCUGUCAUCUAUCAGUGGCAUCGGCGGCGGCGGCGUUUCGUCCGUUAUCAGACUCUGGAGACUCACACUGCUCAGGACUGGGAAGCCUUUCACAUUCACAACCACAGCUUCCUGGUCGUGGCCAAUCACAGACGAGAAAGAGACUCCAACCACAACAUCCACAGUGUGAUCUACAGGUGGAACCCCGACACAAAGCUAUUUGAGGUGAACCAGACUCUGCUGACAUCCGGAGCCUACGACUGGGAGUUCUUUACUGUGGGGCCGUACCACUUUUUGGUGGUGGCCAACACCUUUGAUGGUCGGACCACCAUCAUCAGCUCCACCAUCUACGUCUGGCUGGACGGCUCUUUCCAGACCUUCCAGAGCAUCCAGACAGUUGGAGCGACAGACUGGGAGCCGUUUCAGAUCGACGGCAGGUUUUUCCUCGCCGUCGCCAACAGUCAGAAGAUCCCUGAUCGUGGCACGAGUGUCUACAGCAUCAACUCCACCGUGUACGAACUGAACACGCUCACACAGACCUUCAUCCGCUUCCAGGACAUCCUCACUCACAGUGCGCUGGACUGGGAGUUUUUCACCAUCGGAGAUGAAAAGUUCCUGGUGGUGGCGAAUUCUCACGACGGCAGCUCGUACUCUUUGAACAGCGUUGUCUACAGGUGGCAGGGUUACGAGGGCUUCGUUCCCGUCCACAGCCUGCCCACGUUCGGCUGCAGAGACUGGGAGGACUUCAGCACGGACGAAGGCUCCUUCCUCAUCUACUCCAGCGCCAAGUCCAGGCUCAGCAAGGUGUUCAAACUGAGGAACUACUGAGUGAAACCAUCCUGGAGAGACACACCACCGCCCCCAGACUCCUCUGAGGUCAUGUGAUCAUUCAGUGGACUGAACUUCCUGUGAGCUAAAUCCUGAGAUCAUCCCGAGGAGAACAUUAUUUAAAUCCAGCGAUGAAAACCCCAAAGAUUAAAGGACAUCAAGUCACAUUAAGCUCUGCUGACGAGCACAGUGCCUCUCUGAUCCUGUAUGACCCAUAAACAUCAGAAAUGAAUCAUCAGAUGACUCAGUAAUGAAAGUUGUCCCGUUUUAAGUCAGCUGAUUACACUCCUGUUUCACUGAAUCAUGGACGUGAACAUAUCACUGAGACAAUGAAACUUAAAAACAGACAGGUCUCAGCCUUCUUCAGAUUUUCCACCAAGUGCUCAAUAAGCAUUGUAAACAAAAGAGCAUCAUUCACCCGGAUACACAAAUAUUUCCUUAAAUCUCCUCCAAAAGGAAAACACCAACGCUGAGAGAUCUCGGAGCGCUUACUGAAUAACCUCCAGUGACUCCUGCAGCUGAAUCAGCACCGUGUCAUCUGCAUAAAGGCACCCUUUAACUGGAAACAUGUUCGCACAAUGUUUAUACAAAAACAGAAAAAUGAAAUGAGGCCUGAGAUGGAACCCUGCGGGACUCCCUCAGAGACUCUGAGGAAACCCGUCUCAUGUCACUGGGUUCAGUCGAUCGUCAGACAGAGCGGCACGCCGCUGCUUCCUGUCCAGCCCGUCCGUGUCUCUGGUCUGUCGGUGGACAGACGUCAGAGACAGUUCUCUCAGGAGGUGGAGGUCCAGAUGUUCGUCCCAUCGGCUCUCCACAUGUUCACACUAAGUGUUUUUCUCUGCUUUGUUCAGGAGUUUGUUUUUUACACUUUUGGUUCACUCAAAGUUUUCAUGUUUCAUUAAAUAUGAUGUUUUCUGACACUCUGGGGAUUUUUUUACUCUAUUUAUUACAUUUGUUCAUAUCUGUGGAUAUU